AUGAAACCUCCCCAUUCCAGGAACCAGUCCAUAUCAUCAGGGAUGCCUUUCAAAGCUAACAAGUUAUCAAGAGCCAGUACCAAUACUGAAUAUUACGAGAAUCAAAGUUUGAGAACUCUUGAUCAAAUACCUAGUGUCAAACCAUCAAUAACAUACCUGGAUAAAUUAUGGACACAGAUAGAUGUGUUAGAUGACGUAAAGACCAUGAGUCAACAAGUUAAAGAGAAAGGAUCAUUCUUCAAUGAUCAAUUCAAUGAAGAUUUAAAUAAGUUGAAACAACUGCAAGAAAAACUAAUAGAAGUAAUGGCAGACGAUAAUUUUGUUACUAACGAUAAUUUCAAAAGACAAAAGGAAAGAUAUAAAACUGAUGAGUACAAGAAGGAUAAGUUUCAUAGUAAAAAUGAUAAUUCGGUUUACAAAAAGAAAAAUUUUGAUGAAAUCAAUAAUUACGUUAAUAAUGUCAAAGAUAAUUUGGAUAAAGUUGGGGAAUCCAUGAAGAACUUUGAGGAUACUACCCGAGAUUUAUGGUAG